CUGAUAUGACUUUAGCGGGUACACUUUCGAUCUCUAGUCGACAGCAUAGCCAAACAGACGAGCAUUGUUUUGGUAAACAGAAAGUCCGUGGGAUUAAAAAUACCUUUUUUGAAGAGUAUCGCGGAUUUGUUUGUCUAACAAGUUAUGUAAUAAAAAUAGCAUGCGGGUUUUUCCUCUGGUACGUUAUUUUCUUACUUAGCUCACUUACUUGGUCACAAUGCUAACUAGCUAGCUAAUGCUAAUGUUAGCUAAGUCGAACACUAAAUUCUAAUGAUGCAUCGUGGUGGAAGAUUAUCCUCUUUUGUUGUCACGUCAAACAGCUCAUAAACAAGAGAUCGGUGCGUGUGAGUAUGUCGUAAUAAAUAACCAACAUUUUGGAUGGCGGUGGCUCCCGCCUCGAUGGCGGAUAACAUCAUAGUCCUUGAUGAUGAUGAAGAGGAGAGUCCUCAACCCUUCUGCUCUGCCUCUACCUCGUCCUCUCAGCAUCAAGCCAAAAAUGUCUCGGCGCUCAAAGCUCUGCAGCCUGCCCCUACCCACAUUACCCAGUCACCUUUUGCCUCAGCGAAAAAGCACACACAUGUCCUGCAGGCGGAGAAUCAGGCGUUGUUCACUGAGUUUGUGGAGCACUGCUCAGCUCUCACCCAGGACUGCCCGGAGGUCUUGACCUUCCUCCAAACUAAGCAUUCCAAGGCCUCCCCUGACUUUCUGUCAUCCGUGGAGUUCAGGAACACCUUGGGACGAUGUUUGACUCGCGCUCAGACCACCCGCUCCAAAACCUUUGUCUACAUCAAUGAACUGUGCACUGUACUCAAGCAGCAUGCAGCCAAGAAGAGGCAGAGCGUCACCAAGGUUGAGCCUGGGCCUUGUACCUCAACAUCAAGUUCUCUCCAGUCUACCUCUGUUAUGCUCAAAAGUCAAGAUAAAGAUAAGAUGGAUGAGGAGAAUGAAGGGGUGAAACUGGCAGCGGAGGAUAAGCAACCUUCCACCUCAGGGCUGCAGGGGGACAAUAAAAAGGAGGAACAGGAAGUGGAGAAAAAAGCAAAGAGGGCAUCCAGGAAACAGAUAGCGUACCUGGAGAACCUACUGAAGGUGUACAACGACGAGAUCUGCCGCCUGCAGCGGGCUGAGCUGGACUUGGACGAUCUGGGAUCUGAGGAAUCUUCAUACAUCCAGGAGCACAAGCUCAAACGCAAGAUGAUGAAGAUUUAUGAAAAGCUGUGUGAACUAAAGGACUGCAGCACACUAACAGGCCGAGUCAUUGAGCAUAAGAUCUCCUACAACAGCACUCGUUAUCCUGAGAUCAACAGGAAGAUCGAGCGUUUCAUCAACAGUCCUGAGGCGCACAGGAACCCUCCGGAUUACCAAGACAUCCUCCAGCAGGUGCUGCGUGCCAAUGAUCGCCACAACCUGUGCCUGAGCAGAAAACAGCUGAACCAGAUCGCCCAGGAGGCUUUCAGAGAGACCGGGAGCCGCAUGCAGGAGAGACGUCACCUGGACCUGGUGUACAACUUCGGCUCGUACCUCACUGACCCCUACAAGCGUGCCACAGACCCGGCUCUGUCGGACCCCUCACUGCUGCGGAAGCUGCGGUCGAACAGAGAAGUGGCUCUGUCCAGUCUGGAGGCGGUCAUCACCAAGUACGCCGCCAAGCAAGAGGACGCAGAGGAGCAGGACAGGACCAAACGACAGGAGAAAGACAGCAAGGAGAAAGAGGGCCACAAACCAGAAAAUGGAGAAGAAAAUAAAGAGCUGAAUGGAGUGACAGAGAAGGAAGAAGAAGAGGUGGAGGAGGAGGAGGAUGAUGAAGAAGAUGAAUCAUCAGACCCAGACAUCGAGGAAGAGAUCCAGGCCAGCACUCAGCAGGACGGACCUGAUGAAUGUGAAUCAUCAUCCUGCACAGUGAAGGUCAAGCAUCUAAACGACGAUGAGAACGAGGAAGACGACAGUAACGAGGCGGAACAAGCAUGUGAUGGUCCCAUCAUGGAGGAUCAGACAGGCGAGGUGUCAGGAAGCGUUUCUGCAGGGGAAGAAGGAAGCGUGAAAGAUGAGGACGAGGAGCCAGUCACAAGUGGACUAAGUCCUCUUUCUGAUGAAAGCAAGUCCGAAAUGUCUCCGCUGUCUGACAUCCCCUCCCCUAGACACAGCCCCAGCCAAUCAGAGCCAAUGCAGACUGAUAACCAGAGGCCGUUGUCUAAUGGUACCCUUGCAGGAUUAGAGGAGCCUGUGGAUUCCUCCAAUCACGUUUCAGUCGUGCUGGUAAGCACCAGCAAAGUCACUAAGGACCCUGCGGACGUCUCCCCAGUAGCAGCCAAUGGGGUGUCUUUGCCCCAGUCACCAGCAGUCAUAGUAGAAAAAUGUGACACACAGACCAACGGUACGUCCUCGCCACCCAGCCUCAGAACUACGAGGAGCCAGAAGAGGAAGAGGGAGGAAAUUACAUCAGGGAACUCCCGAAAUACAAAGCAGAUAAUCAUCCAUGACAGUGAGGUAGAUAUCCCUCUGGAUAUGGGUGUUUGCAAUUCUCCACAGCAGGCAGAGUCAACCCGAGCAGACACUCCAACCCAGGAAAUGGUCAGCAGCUCACAGUCAACACCGCCUCCCAAGAAAAACAAGGUCAAUGUGGCCACCCAGUGUGACCCAGAUGAGGUCAUCGUCCUGUCAGACUCCGAAUGACCUUUCACCUUUGACCUCUCACUGUACUGCAAGAUUCUUCCGCAUGUCACCUGUAUUCUAGGACCGAUUUCCUGAAAGCACGCAUUUCUAAGGACUGUUCUUAUCUGCCGGCUUGUAAAAAAAGGGGGGGAAAGCUCAAUCAUGUUUUUCCAUUUCAAAACUCUGAAAUUGCUGAUAUUAAUCUGAUCCAAACAGUCAAUAUCAAACUUUUACAAAAUACACAACGGCCAUUCAUAGCUGUGGAAGACAGGGAAAACUAUGAAUGUAGUACCUCCAUGUCAAUUGAUUACAUAUUACCAAACAAAAGACAGGUUAUUUUGUAAAGGACUUAAAUAAAAUAAUUGUAACCUAACGUUUGAAAGAAAGCUGCUUAAACAGGACAUGUUUUUUGGAAAAUCAAGGUUUUGGGAGCCCUCUUCUGUGUACACCAGAGAAUACAGCAGUUAUUUUCUCUAAGCAGAGACACAUUGGCUGAUGUUGACCUCAGCUGUCUUCUCUCCCUUUUUGGGUGCAGUAAAGAUGACCUCAUCCGACUCCAUUGGGUGAUCCAAGCAGCCAAACUUCGGUUGCCGUGUUUCCUGCCUUUCAGUGCAACACUACUAAUGCGUCUGACGUCCAGUUGGUAGUAGCAUUUUAAAUUGGUUUUUUACUGCUCUGAAAACUGAGCUAAAAAUACUUGUUUUGGGAUGAUUGUCCCGUGACUUGAACUUUUGUUAUUGUGGUUUAGGUAAGAAACCAGUGCCUGAAAACAUGAACUGUGCAGUGGGACACGUGGCCCAGACGGGUAGUUCUGUUUUCACAGACACUCGACUGGCGAGAGCUGCGUUAGCUCACCACCAGUUUGUUUACAUUUUUAUAUUUCAAACACUUUUUUUCAUCAUAAAGGAGAUGGAAGUGGCGAUCUGUACAGGAGGAAUUUUGAGAUGACAUUGUUUUACUUGUUGCUAUUUAUGCACUGAAUUCAGUGAGCUGCGUGGUGGUCUGUACUCUGCUGUUAGCGAGAUGUGUGGACUGCAGCAGUGGUAAUGGACAUUUUUUAAUUUUUUCUUUUAUGUUUCCCCUCCAAACAUAUUUCUAUUUUUAGGUUUAUAAUAAAGUAAGUUACUAUUUUUAUUCAGACCUAUGUCUGCUGCAGGAUAGCUAAAUAGUUUCCAGAUAGUUAUUGGUUUUAAUGAGGAAUGUUGACAAGGCUAAUACACAAAUGUUUGAAGGAUAAGGAUAGCAAUAUUCUAUAUUUUUCUUAUUGUCAACAAAUCCCAUGAAAAGACCAAAACUAUUGAUGAAUUGUCACUUCACUCUGUAUUCAAAGCCUGAUAUUUAUUAUUCCUCUGUGCCAUAGAGCUCCAUUGUUGUCCACAAACUAUUAAAAACACAUCAGUGAGCCACACUGUUGCACUGGGUAACAUGUUCCUUCAUUAUAAUGAACUUGGACUCUGUAGUUUCUUUUAAGUCAGUCCCACAUACACAGUCCUGCUUGUGGAAAUACUCACUAGAGCACCAAAUGUGUAUUAAUCCACAACUGAAAAUAGUCCCCAGCAAAUGCACUAUUUGCUUCUUCUUGAGUAACUUUUGCUAAAAACUACAGUAUCCAGCUGUUUUAGGAUAUUACUGAGCCAUUUUUAAAGAUUUACGUCUUCAGUAGGAACCAAUGGGCUUGCGGCUGAGAGCAGGGUAAGGAAGCCGGAAAGUAAUGAGAGAUGAACGAACACAUUGGUCUUUGCAUGGGAUUUGUUGACAUUAAGAAAAAUAAUAAUAAUGCCACCCUUAUCCUUUUAAGGAGCUAUAGCACAAAAAUGCUUCCUCAUGAUUCUGACCCAUCUCAAAGCUAAUAAAGGGAAGAUUAAAGUUCCUCCUUUAAUGCAUCUCAAACAGAGUUGAGUCUCACCAUGACACUGAUGACUUCUACCUGUGCCUCUGCCCAGCCCCGAUAACUACAUUUAUUCACCCCUUCUUCAGUUUAAGCCCAGCCCAAAACAAAACUCGCCACAGUAGUAUUUGUCUUGAUCCAAAUGAAGGUCAAACCAGUUCUGUUGACAUAAAUGCCAAUUUUGUAUUUGAACCAUACCUAGCCCAGUUAAGCAUCCCAAACACUAAUGACUGAUGUCUAAUGACUAAACCUUAAAAAAGAAAUGUGCUCAACAUUUCUGAGUUCUCCUAAACCAGGAAAUCCAGUUUCAGUCUGACACGCAAUGAUUCACUUUCAUACAAAUAAUCAUUAUUUUUCAGCUUUUACAGUUUUGUCCCCUCCUGUCGAUACACUGGGUAUAUGGAUACAUUUAGCCAUUAAAGGUGAAAUUUCUACAUCCUUUCUGUAUUUAGAAUAAAGUUUGUUUAGUUGUUAUAGGCAGUGUUGGACAGUGUUGCACUUAAGAUCUCCAGCAUUUGAUGAAUGACAUUUUUUUGUGACCAGUGUGUAUAUGAGUUGUCCUGCUGGUCCCUAUGUAAUAGAGAACUGGUAUGUUGAUGGAAGUCCAGGCCGUUUGGUGAAAGGAAAUUUCUGAACUUUUUAUCCUCAUAACAAUCCCCAUUUUAGUUUUUUCCUCCUGAAUCAAAUUUGUAUUAAAUUUGACCACACAGGUGAAACGAUAUUCUGGGGUAAAUACUCUUUUCAAAGUUACUAGAAUGUAAACCUGGAUUGUAGUUGUCACAGCUUCGAUCUAUCGGGCCUCAUUUAUGCAGAGGAGUGAUCCAUCAUUCACUGUGAAUUUUUUCUUUUUCAUUUUUUAUAAUAAAUGAUACUUUUUUAUAUACAG